UCUUUUGCGUUCUUAAUUCAUGCUGUAAAUAUUAUUUUUUAAAAACUAAUGGAAACUACUUGAUCUAUAAAUGUAGAUGUACAACCUGAAUCGCGAGGUAUUUUAAAUCCAGAAAAAAAUGCCUUUUAUUAAAUGCCUGUUGUUCUCCGCUCCGCCAGCGAGGGCGCUCAGACAGCACAACUGAACGGGCCAAUCAAGAGCACCCAGCUGGAGUGACGCCACUUCCGUGACAGAUUUAUCAACAAUAACAAAAGCGACGAGGAACAGUUUGGCGAUCAAAGUGCGAGUCUUCAAAUGACACGACGUGGAUAAACUGACGGUUAGGAGUUGGUUUGGAUUACAGCGUCCUGUCCCGCGUCUCACUGAGGAGCUGCUCAUUCAGUAGUGCUGUUAUCUCUGAGAAGUGCCGUGAGGACGCUGAGCAGAGCCCAGUCUCUUUGCUGGUUUGCAGCCACAUUUUCCGUUUGAGCCCUGACACUCAAAGGACAAAUAACUUUUGUAGUAAAAGUAAACCUUAUUUUAUGGCACAGCUGUGUCUUUGGACCUGUGAGGACAAAUUGCGCAGCAGUUGCAUAAGGUGCACGGUGUUGGCCGGUGCAAUGGAAGCUUCUGAGACAGAAGGCCGCACCUUUAUGCAGGCGAUCAGUGAGAAGUACAGCCCGGAAAACUUCCCUUGCCGUCGGGGUCCAGGCAUGGGUGUCGUGGUUGUGCCGUCUGAACAUCAGGGAUCACCUAUGAAAGACCGUCUGAACCUGCCCAGUGUUCUGGUUUUGAAUGGCUGUGGAAUCAGUCAUGCAGGAGAAGAGGGAGAAAUCACUGCCUUCUGUGCUCAUGUAGUUGAACUUGAUCUGUCCCAUAACAAGCUCCAAGACUGGCAUGAGAUCAGCAAGAUUGUUUCUAACAUCCCGAACCUGGAGUUCUUGAACCUCAGCUCUAAUCAGCUGAAUGAUGCAGUCUUGGAGCCGGACUGCGCAAAGGCCUUUUCUAGCAUCCGCCGCCUCGUUCUUAACAAUACCCAGGUGUCCUGGGACACAGUGCACACAUUCACACAAGAGAUGCCUGAACUAGAGGAGCUGUUCCUGUGCCUUAAUGAGUACACCACUGUGACACCGGCCGCCAUGCCCUUCCCCACAGUGCGUCUGCUUCACAUCACAGAUAACAGCCUCCACGAGUGGAGUGAAGUACGAAAAUUUGGCUCCAUGUUCCCUGCACUGGACACACUGGUCAUGGCCAACAACUACCUGAGCUCCAUUCAAGACUCGGGAGAAAUCCUUCAGCGGCUCUUCCCUAACCUUCGAAGAAUAAAUCUGCACAACUCAGGGCUUAAUCGAUGGGAGGACAUUGAGAAGCUAAACUUUCUGCCCAAACUGGAAGAAGUGAGGUUGCAAGGCAUUCCUCUACUGCAGGCUUACACGAGCACGGAGCGCCGCAGUCUAAUGAUAGCCCAACUGCCAUCAGUGACCUGCCUGAAUGGGAGUGUCGUGACAGAUGCCGAGAGAGAAGACGCUGAGAGAUUCUUCAUACGUUAUCACUUGGAUCAUUCAGAGGAAGAGCUGCCCCACAGGUAUCUUUUAGGCAUGAACACUGUAGUACAGACCAGUGGUUCCUAAUCCUGGUCCUGAAGAACCCCCAACACUGCAUGCUAUUGAUGUAUGUCUUUUCUGACACACAUAUUUGAGGCCUUGGAGUCUUUACUAAUGAGCUGAUGAAUUGAAUCAGGUUUGUUUGAUUAAG